CGCUCAUGGGCGGGGCCUCAACUUCAGGUCCCGCCCAGCCGUCUCGCGCUUCCUCUUCCGAGGAGAGGCGGGGCCGCGGCGCCCGCGGGAAACGCGGGCGGGAGGUGCUCGCCUGGCUAGAGCGGCGGGAAUGGCAGGCCUGGGGAGCCUGGUCCUGCGACCCUGGAUUCGAGAGCUGGUCCUAGGGUCAGAGGCACUCUCAAGACCGCGGGCGGGGCAGCUGCUCAAGGUACUGCAGGAGGCCGAGGCUCCGGGCCCGUCCCGCGCCCCUGACACGUCUGACGGGGCCGCGCUGCUUGUGUCCGACGGGACUCACAGUAUCCGAUGUCUGGUGACGCGGGAGGCCUUGAACGCCUCAGACUGGGAGGAGAAGGAGUUCGGCUUUCAAGGGGCGGAAGGCCGGCUACUGCUGCUGCAGGACUGCGGGGUCCGCGUCCAAGUCGCCGAGGGAGGCGCGUCCGCGGAGUUCUACCUCCAGGUGGACCGCUUCAGCCUGCUGCCCACGGAGCAGCCCCGGGAACGGGUGACGGAUUGCAACCAGGACCCGGAUGUGCGGAAAAAGCUCUAUGACUGCUUGGAGGAGCACCUUUCAGAGUCCACCUCUCUGAGUGCAGGUCUUUCACUCUCCCAACUUCUGGAUGAGGUAGAGGAGGACCAGGAGCAUCGGGGGGCGCUAGUGCGCCUGGCUGAGAGCUGUCUGAUGCUGGCAGGCCCCCACACAGCACCCCCACUCACCCGCUGGGCUGCCUCACGCGGCAGAGCCACGGGAGAAGCUGUGUGCACUGUCCCCAGCCUAUGGCUGCACAUCUCUGACAAUGACCAGCGAAUCCUGAGCUCUCUGGGCCCAGGCCCUGAGCUACCCCCACCACACCCAGCUCUGCAGGACCUGUCUCUGGCUCUGCUCUCCUCUCCUCCUUCCUCACCCAGUUUCUCAGGAACCCCUGCCUUUCCCAGCCACAUGCUGUCGGAGGAACGUGGUGCCAGCAUCAGCCUUCUUCCUGCCCUGUCCUCGGCUGCUCCAGACCCAGCGCAGAAGGGCAGCUCCCAGCCCCCUUCAGCCAUCUGCUCAGCCCGUGGCUCCCUGGCCCCCAGUUCCCCACACCCCAGCCGCGUACCCAACUCCCCAUCCCUGAGCUGCACUCCAAGUCUGUCACCCCUUGGCCAUGUCCCCAGUCUACACCAGGCCCAUGGAACCAGCGCCCAGAGACCUAGCCUGGAGUUCAAGGAGCUAGGGUUACCCCCAAAGACCUGGCAGCACUCUCCAAGGACAAGAACCACCAAGGGAGCCCUGGAGUCCAGCCCUGUCUGGGACCCCCCAAAGAGGCAUCGUGAUGGUUCUGCCUUCCAGUAUGAGUACGAGCCACCAUGCCCCUCCCUGUGUGCCCAGGUCCAAGCUGCCAGGCUCCCUCCCCAGCUCGUGGCCUGGGCCUUGCACUUUCUGAUGGAGCCACAGCCAGAGGCUGAACUACCCCAGGUGUGAGGAGUCAUGUGAGCACACAUGCACAGGCCCAUGCCUGGGGGUGGAAUACACAGUGCUCCACAC